UAAGGAUGAAACAACGAUAAAAGAAUCUAAAGAAAAUGAGAGUAAUACACACAGAAAGGAGGACGACGAACCACCCGAACCGGAUACAACACUUUUCGUAAAAAAUAUCAAUUUUUCAACUACGGAGGAACAGUUGAAAGAUUACUUUGGUAAAUGUGGUCCUCUUCAUUACGUCACAAUAGCAACUAAAAAGGAUCCGAAAAAUCCUGCACAAAAAUUGUCUAUGGGAUACGGAUUCGUAAGGUACAAGAGAAAACACGACGCGGAUCGUGCGUUAAAAACGUUGCAGAUGUCAGUACUCGAUGGGAAAAGUUUGGAAUUGAAACGAUCUGAGAGAACGCUAAUGUCCGAUGUCAAAACAGCGAGAAAGAAGACCAAGAUUACCGAACAAACCGGCACUAAAAUUUUAGUACGAAACAUACCCUUCCAAGCAACCGCCCAGGAAAUGACAGAGUUGUUCAAGUAUGUAUAU